AUGGCGAACCAAUCCAGCAUCUUAAUCUUCAUCUUAGCCCUAACCACCUUCUUCUUCGUCACCAAUUCAACAGCCAAAGAAUCCGUAUACGAUUUACUUCCAAAAUACGGUCUCCCUAGUGGUCUCUUACCUAACUCCGUCAUCGACUAUACGCUCUCCGACGACGGAAGAUUCGUCGUCGUUUUGGACAGUACUUGCUAUAUUCAGUUCGAUUACUUGGUUUAUUACGAGAAAAAGAUUACCGGAAAGCUGAGCUAUGGGUCGAUUAGUGAUCUUAAGGGGAUUCAAGUUCAGCGUGUUUUUAUUUGGUUUAACGUGGAUGAAAUUAGGGUUGAUUUGCCUCCUUCCGAUAGUAUUUACUUUCAGGUUGGGAUUAUUAACAAGAGGCUUAGUCUUGAUCAGUUUAAGACCGUGCGUUCUUGCCGUAACUCGAUUGGAUCUUCUCCUUGUUCAUCCUAUUCAUCACUGCUUCCUGCUCCACUGAAGGAAAUUCCUAUGCUUCUUACAGAGUAG